AUGGCUGACCCUGGCGUCAUCGACCCCACGAAGGCGGGCAAAUAUCCCAUCAUUCUCAGCGACGCCUUACUAGGCAAACCGUCUAAGGAGACUUAUACUGGCGUCCGCUACAACCACAGGCCUGCUCUCUCAUCCGAUUCGGCCCCUACCACGUCCCGGCUGAAGAAGUCAGCCAAAGAGGGCCAGUUCAACCUCAGCUUCGAUGAUCAAGGCAACAAGUACCUGUACAAUGGCUCACGCACAACCGAGGACGACAAGUAUGUUCUCAUCUUUGACCCAGACCGCCAGGCUAUGAUACUGCACCGCGUCGACUCCGUCUUCCAUAUGAACCUCACGCGAACGCCCACCGACACCAGCGCCGAGUCUCUUCGCAAGCAGUUCCCCCAUUUGGAAGUAUCGAGCACAGCCACCGCCACCAGCAGUAGCAAGCAGCAAAAAGAGAAAGCAGCAGAGAAGGCUAGGCCCGGGAAGACAACAGCUGCUAAAGGCAAGGACACGGGGUCUGUUAAGGACACGGCCAAGGCCAAGGCCAAACCUGAAAAGGCGAAACCCGAGAAGACCAAACCCGAGAAGGCCAAGCCCGAGAAAGCAAAGCCCGAGAAGAGCAAACCAAUAACAUUGGCGCUGCCCACAAGUAAACCGAAACCACCACCUCCCCCGCCAGCGCUAGCAGUGCCCGAGAAGAAACCCAAGCGACGGCAGAGGUCACCAGUCGAGUCUGAAGACGACGACGACGACGACGAUGGCGGCCUGACGAUCGAGUACCCUGGUGGCAACCCGGCAACCACCUUCCAGCCAACCAACAGCUUUUCCCCGGGCUUCCCCCCAUUUUCCUCUGCGUCAAGGCAGUUGUCAGAUUUUGGGCGGGGAGGGCAUGACGAAGACGAUGAGGACGCUGACGCGGAAUUCGACGAGGAGAUGGGCGAGGACGAUGACGCCGCCUUCAAGCUGCCGAGCCCCGUUAAUAAUCCCAGCAACUCAUCUGCGGCAGCUGCUCACCAGCCUGCAGACCUCGAGCCCUUCCGCUACACGUUUGACGACAAUGACGGCGACGACGAUGCUGAGGCCGAUUCCGCCAUGGAUGCCGACGCAGAUGCCGACGCCUUGGGCGAAGACUUUGACGCCGUUGUUGCCGAGCUCGAAAAAGAGUUCCACAAGGCGUCUCAUGACAAUGGCCAGGACAGUGACAGCUCCGUGAGCGAAGAGGAGUAG